UGGAGCUAGGUAAAACUGUUGGCAACCUCUGUCUCAUUAAAGUCAUAGAUUAAAAAAUCAAUGUGCGUUACAAUAUUCACCCAUCGUUGCUUUAUUGUCAUUUUUAAAUUGUAUCGAGAUCAAAUUGUCCAAAGAAACAUGGCCUUAUUAAGAAACUACGUGUACAAACAAGUACCCAAGGAGAGGUACGAUGUGUUGAAAAGUCGUUACGACGAGUUUCUGGACGCCAUGAACGAUGCCAACAGGGACCCGGUGAAGGUGUUCGACCCCUUCCCAGCAACGUAUACGAAACAGCUUGAAUUGAUAAGGGAAAUUAGUAGGGAUUUGCAACAGAAAAAAGAUGAAGAUGUGAAAAAAGCAGCGCAAGCUCGGGAGGCAGAAGAACAGCAAAAGAAGGCUAAUGCAGAGGAAAAGAAUGAAGAAGAUACCAAAGAAGAGUCUCAACAAGAAGUGCAGGAGAAAAAGAAUGAAUAAUUUAUUGUGAUAAGAGAUAUUUGUUUGAAAAAAUAAACUUUUAAAUUAAUGUUA